UUUUGUUCCGGCUGUAGAACGAUGAGAAGAACGUUCCGAUCAGAGCUUCAGUCCUCUGAGCGUUCUGCACAGACUUCAUCGAGGUGAGAGUUUAAACAAACCUGAUCUCUACGAGACGUCUGGAAAUACGUUUAAAAAGACGAUUGAGACCUGAAAGCUCCAGAAGCAGCCGGUAAAUGGACCUUUAGUGUGAACUCCUGACUGUAGAGAGGACUGUCCAUCGCCAUGACGACAGACUACCUGCAUCAGAACGAGAUGGACAAAACAGCCCUCUGGAGCAAAGAGGGUUUUCCGGUCUCAGGAGUCUCCAGGUACAGACGUUGGUUGAUUCCAGGUCUGACGGCUACGAUCAUCCUGAUUCUGAUCAUAUCACUGGGAGCCAGCAACUCGAAGAUGUCGAAUCGUCUGUGGUCUGUGGAGCAGAGAGUGUCCAACCUGAGCAACGUCAUCCAAUCACUGAACAGCUCCCUGCAGCACGCUCAAGAAACAGCUAAAAAAGUUGAGCAGCUGCAGUUUUCUGUGGAGAACAACAAAGACCAGCUGACCUCAGUGGACGACGCGUUGAAGCAGCUGUCAGCUCUGGACUCUCUCAGCAGGAGCGUCGCUUCACUCAAGUGUUCCCUCGAACGCAUCAUCAACAACAGCUCAGCUGGAGACGGGUGUUGUCCUCUCGGUUGGGAUCAGUCUGGUUUCCUCUGUUUCUUCUUCAGUAGUUUGUCUUUGUCCUGGAACGAGUCCAGAGUCUGGUGUGAGGAACACCAAGCUCACCUGCUCAUCAUCCACAGUGACCAGACCUGGGACUUUGUGACCCGUCGUACCAUCCCUGAGCUUUUCUGGGUCGGUCUGUCUGACUGGAGGACGGGUCGGUGGGAGUGGGUCAACCGGACUCCGUACACGAUGGAGCGCAGGCGCUGGGUUCCCGGUCAGCCGGACAGCUGGGCCGGUCACGGUCUGGGAGCUGGUGAUGAAGACUGCGCUCACCUCCACCGGACCGGACGCCUCAACGACCUUCACUGCUCCACCAAGAUGCGCUUCAUCUGCCAGAGACACAGCAUACGCGCCUAAAUGACUCCGCCCACACCGCCGCUACCAAAACACCAGAACACGUGCUGACAGGAAACGCAUCGUAGAUAUGACGUCAUCGUAAACAUGCUUGAUGUAGAUGAUGUGUUAAAAAGAGGCAUCGUACUUACAUAAUAAACUUCUUGUUCAUUCAUUGUUUUAUGGUAAUAAAGUUUGUGGCUACC